AAGCCCCAUGACAACAAACCCAAUGGCUCCCUCAACGGCCGCCGCCAAAACCACCACAUCACUAUCCUUCCACCACCAUUUGAUAACCCUAGACACCACAAUUUCCCAAUCCAUUCACACUCUCUUCCACUCAAUGAUACCUCGGUUCUUUCUCCACCUCCUCGAAUACUCUGCCGACUUUCGCCUCUCCUUUCCCGUCGCUCUUUCCCUCUAUUUCACUCCCAUUCGCCCCACUUGCUUAAUCCCCUUCCUCUUGGGUCUCCUUCUCGAUCUUCUCUUAAUCGGACUCGUUAAAUCAAUCUUCCGCAGAUCUCGCCCCCACUACAACCCUAGCAUGAUCCCCGCUGUUUCUGUUGACAACUUCUCUUUCCCCAGCGGCCACGCCUCCCGAGUUUUCUACAUUGCGGGUUUUGCUUAUCUGUUCACUGUUUUUAAUGGAACUGGUUGGUUUCUCGUUAGCGUUUGGACUUGGGCUUUGCUUACUUCGGUUUCUAGAGUUCUGCUUGGCAGACAUUUCGUCCUAGAUGUUUUUGCCGGAGCCUGUUUGGGCGUGCUUGAAGCCAUGUUUGUGUUUCGCUUUUUGAGGAUUUAGAGUUUGAGGUAAUUUUUUUUCUUACAUUUUUGAGAUUGUUCAAGAAAUAGAAUUCUCCCUCUUGGAAAUUUUACAUAUGUGCUUCAAGUGUUGUAAAUUACAAGACUUAUUAUGGACCAGUUGAUUUAACUGUACUUAAAAUUCUUGAGAUAAUAUGAAGAAUACAUUUUGAUUGUCCGGAAUGUGCUUGAAAAAGCAUCUAUGAAGUAAUAUAAGUUGUAAUAUCAUCCGAAGACAGUGCUUCAAAGUUGUAAUCGCUCUCAUUGGUUUUUGGAGGAAUUAGCUGGUUCAUAGUUUGUUGGUGUUGGGGAAGCAGUGCUUCUUUGUUUAUAUUUGUCGAGGACCUCUUGAAAGUUGGAAAUGUAGUUUUGGCUGAUCCUUUAUUUUGUCAUGUCUUCUGAGAUAUGAAAGGUUCCAAGUUAAAUGCAAAAACUGCUUAACAUUUUUAUGAAUUACCAUCAUAAGGUUAGGCCGUCUCUAGUCUAUUGGCAAAUAAGGAGUUUAACUAACUUUUACAUUACACAUGGUUGUCUUUGAUAUGCUUAAAGCCUUCUUCUUAUUGUGCAUACUUUUUAAGAACUUUUGUCUGGCAACUGGAGGAUCCUACACGGAACAAAAGUUGUAAUCCUGUCUCUCUUCAUUGUGAAUAAUAGACAUCAUUCUGUUUUGUGUUUCUUG